UUCGGUUAGUUUUGGUUCUUCUGUCAUUUGGACUUUCUGUUACCUACAUCAGCUUUAUUAAAGCUUGCUUUUUGUUGAAAACGUCAACCUGCCUCUUACUCUGCAUUUGGGUCCAUCCUGAACUGAUUUAUAACAGGCUGGGGAAAUGAAGGCUCGAUUUACAGCACAAAGAAAGUGCAUCAACCACUGUUCUACCAAAACAGGAAGAAGAAAGCACUCUUGUUACCGAAAAGUAUCAGUCUUCAGCCUGCUCCUUCAGUCAGAGACCAGGACCAUGGAGUAUGAUAACGACAGCCACAGGCUGAUGAUCAGGAGGGACAGCCUCAGCAGGGAGAUUGACCUCACCAACAGAGACCCCAAGCAAAUCAAUGAGGAUGUGGUCAAGGUCUCCUUUGAAGAUGUGAUCGCAGAGCCUGCUGGGACACACAGUCUGGGUGGAGUGUGGAAAGCCAGCUACGUCACCUUCACAGGGUCAAAGUACUGCUGUUAUCGCAUCCUGACCACCUUGUUUGGCAUCCCUUUGUCAGUGUUCUGGGGCUUUGCGUUUGCUUGUCUGUCAUUCUGGCACAUCUGGGCUGUUGCUCCCUUCAUUAAGACUGUUAUGCUUGAGUUACAAUGCCUGACUCAACUCAACUCAAUGUUCAUACGCACCUACGUUAGCCCACUCUUUGAGGCAAUGGGGAAGAUAUACAGCGAUGUGAGGGUUUUCUUACACAAGGAGGGGUAAGUGCUGAGUAGCUGCUUUACUCUGGCAUGAAGACCAUUUACUGGACAUUUCACUGACUUUGACAAGAUCCACGAAACAUCAGGUGGCAAAAAUGACAAGAUGCGUGUCAUUUUUGUUUGUUAGUUCACAUGUUGAGCUGAUUUAAUGUCUAUUACUGGAUGGAAUUAUACUAAUGUCCUGUUUUAUUAACACAAUGAAAAUUGUCUAAGCAUGAAUUUCACUCUUUUUACUCUAUAUUGAUGCAUGGGUGGAUUAUAAGACAGUGGGCUCCUGGGCCUAACACCUCUGCUACACAGAAGCAAGACGGUUUUAUGUCUCCUUGUGGCUAUUUUGUGUCCAUUUGUAGCCAUUUUUUUUGUCUCUUUGAUAUAAUUUUGUGUCUCUUUGAUAUACUUUUGUGUCUAUUUGUAGUCAUUUUGAGCGUCUUCUUGGGGGGAAGGGGUGAGGGGUGCUGACACUGUGGGCCCCUGGGCCUGUGCCACAUAGACAUGGUCAGUAAUCCAUCCAUGUAUUUAUUUAAGCUGUCAAACUUCAAAUAAAUCAUGUUUUAAGUUCCUAAAAUGGUUCCUUGCACUAAAUUAAAGUAAUUUCCCACAUACCAUGACAGAAAGAUUGAGCAUCAGUGAGUUGUGUCAGAUGUUAGACUCUAAUGACUCUAAAACUAAAUGUGAAAGUGAGUUCUCGUGUUCCCACAUGGUC